UACAAAUAUGCUUCGAAAAUGGUGAAAUAAACGGAAAAGUUCAUUUAAAAACAAAAAUUGAAAAAUUCUAAGUAAACAUGAAGAAGGAACGAACAGCUGAUAAUAGCAGACCAUUUAAGCUAGCUCAUCAAAUUGUGAGCCUUACUGGUAUCAGUUUUCAACGGAAAAGUAUAAUCGGAUUUGUCGAAUUAACCAUUAUCCCAUUAAAGGAUAACUUAAGACUGAUUAAACUUAAUGCAAAACAAUGUAGAAUAUAUAGAGUAUGUUUAAAUGAUACUUACGAGGCACCAUUUCAGUACUUUGAUCCAUUCUUAGACAUAUGUCAAGGCGAUAACAAACAACGAUCCUUAGAGUUCUUUUCUAAUCUUCAUCUGGCGGCUGCACAAAAAGUCGAUCCAGAUAAUAAUGCAGGAGAACUGGUAGUACAAGUUCCACCUGAGGCAUCUCAUUUGGUAGCAGAAGGAAGAGGACUACGACUUAGUAUUGAGUUCUCUUUGGAACAGCCUCAGGGUGGAGUUCAUUUUGUUGUUCCUAAUUGUGAAGGAACAUUAGCUGAGAGAGGAGCUCAUAUGUAUACCUACAGCUAUGAAAAUUCAUCAAGAUUAUGGUUUCCUUGUGUGGAUAGCUUUGCAGAGCCUUGUACCUGGAAAUUAGAAUUUACAGUGGAUGAUUCAAUGACAGCGGUGUCUUGCGGAGAUCUCGUAGAAGUGGUAUAUACUCCAGAUAUGAGAAGAAAAACAUUCCACUAUGUAUUAAACACUCCUGCAUGUGCACCAAAUAUUGCACUAGCUGUUGGACCUUUUGAAAUAUAUGUGGACCCAUACAUGCACGAGGUUACACACUUUUGUCUUCCUCAACUUCUACCAUCCUUGAAAGUGUCAGCGCAAUACGUGCAUGAAGCAUUUGAAUUCUAUGAAGAGACCCUUUCUAACAGAUACCCAUAUUCUUGUUACAAGCAAGUUUUUGUAGACGAAAUAGAUGAAGACAUCAAUGCAUAUUCAACAAUGAGUAUUUUAAAUACCAAUGUACUCCAUUCAAUGGCAAUUAUUGAUCAAGUAUACAUAACAAAGAAAGCAAUGGCCCAGGCAAUAGCGGAACAAUUCUUUGGAUGUUUUAUUUCAAUGCAAAACUGGUCUGAUACCUGGUUACCAAAAGGUAUUUCUACAUAUUUAACUGGACUAUAUGCAAAGAAGUGUUUUGGCAAUAAUGAGUAUCGAGAAUGGAUUCAAUCAGAACUACAAGAAGUGGUAAAGUAUGAGGAGCAAUUUGGAGGUAUAAUACUAGAUCCUUCGCAACCACCUGCACCAUUACCAAUUUCAGCCAACACACCAGCCCCUGCACCACGAGUCCCUGAUCCUGGAUUUUAUUUUCCAAUACGAAAUUUGCAUACAAUGUCUCCUAAAUACAUUGAAGUUCUUAGAAAAAAGGCACAUCUAGUCAUUCGGAUGCUGGAGCACAGGAUCGGUCAGGAAUUAUUACUCCAAGUGUUCAAUAAGCAGCUUUCACUGGCCGCCAAUGCAGCACAACAAAAAAUUGAUUCAGGUCUUUGGACUCAUAUGUUGAUCAGUACUAAUGUUUUCACAAAAGCCAUAUUUACAGUGACAGGUAAAGAUAUGGCGGUCUUCAUAGAUCAGUGGGUUAGAACUGGUGGUCAUGCAAAGUUCAGCCUUAGUUUUGUGUUCAAUAGGAAAAGAAACACGGUUGAGUUAGAAAUUCGGCAAGAUACAACGCAUCAAAGAGGAAUCAGGAAAUACGUUGGACCGUUGCUAGUUAAUAUUCAAGAACUUGAUGGCACUUUUAAACAUACGCUCCAAAUUGAAGGUACAGUGGCAAAAGCUGACAUAACGUGUCAUAGUAAAAGCAGACGAAAUAAAAAGAAGAAAAUACCAUUAUGUACCGGAGAAGAAGUGGACAUGGAUCUUUCCGCAAUGGAUGAUUCACCAGUUUUAUGGAUACGGCUAGAUCCAGACAUGACCCUGAUGCGUGCAGUUCAAAUCGAACAACCAGAUUAUCAGUGGCAGUACCAGCUAAGGCACGAGAGAGAUGUAACUGCCCAGCUAGAGGCCAUCGAAGCUUUACAAAACCAUGCAACUCCAGCCACUCGAUUGGCACUAACCGAUACUAUAGAAAAUGAACACUGCUACUAUAAAGUCAGACUCCGGGCAGCACACUGCCUGACAAAGGUGGCUAACGCAAUGGUGGCAACAUGGGCCGGACCACCAGCGAUGCUGGCAAUAUUCAGGAAGCUCUUUGGCUCUGCAUCCUGUAGAAGAAUUAUUAAGCAAAACAACUUUACUAACUUUCAACAUUAUUUUUUGCAAAAGACUAUCCCUGUGGCAAUGGCUGGAUUAAGGAACGCCCAUGGAAUCUGUCCUCCUGAGGUCCUUGCAUUUCUUAUGGACUUAUUUAAAUAUAACGAUAACAGCAAGAAUCGUUAUUCUGACAACUAUUACAGAGCUGCUUUAAUCGAAGCACUUGGUGCUACAGUGACUCCUGUCAUCAGUGUUCAACAAGGAACAUCGAUCACCGCUGAAUCAUUAUCCAUCGAUACGAAAGCCAUCCUAGAGGAAGUAACGAGGAAUUUGAACCUAGAGAAACUGUUACCGUGUUACAAGUAUACAGUUAGUGUAGCUUGUUUAAAAGUGAUACGAAUACUACAAAAGUUUGGCCACCUGCCGAGUAAUCCACAUUUAUUUAGGGCGUAUGCUGCUUAUGGGCAGUUCAUAGACGUACGUAUUGCUGCCCUCGAAGCUCUCGUCGAUUUCACCAGAGUAGAUGGCAAGUGGGAAGACAUGGAGUUUUUAUUAGAUAUGGCAGAAAUGGAUCCUCAUCCAGGAGUUCGACAUAGAUUGGUACGAUUGAUGGUGGAGAACCCACCUUUUGAAAGGGCUCACAAGCAUCGGCUGGAUAAACAAGAAUUAGUGGACCGUAUUUGGAAUCUCAUUAAUGGUAUGCUUUCACAUGAUGCAAAAUUAAGAUGUGAUUUGGUGGAUCUGUACUACACAUUGUAUGGCUCAAAAAGGCCUCUUUGUCUACCGAUUCCUGAACUCGCAGCUAUGACUGCAGGGCAUAAACCUAGAAGAGCAGGGCCACAAGGUAGCCCUGAACGUGAGUCAAAAUCAACCAUACCUCGAAUUAAGCACGAUGCCGUCAUCGAUGCCGAGGUUUUGCCGGUUCCAACGAAUAAGAGGAAAUCGUCUCCGAAUAAAGAAGUAUCUAGAACCACGAAUGUCUCUGAAUAUGGCCCCGAAACUAAGAGACAAAAAUUACCCCCAGGAUCGCACAAUGAGGGCCGAGGCACUCCUAUCACUGAGGAAGGAAAAGCAAAAGCUGACUAUUACAGCGAUAAUUCGGCGUCGCUUCCUGGUAUUAUGGGUACACAAGGUCCUGUUGGUUUUGAACCAGGAAUGUUUAAAAAAGAUGCAGAUGAUACGAAACAGAAGAGUGACUCGACUAAUAAAGCUAAGAAGAAGAAGAAGGAUAAAAAGAAGCACAAACAUAAACAUAGGCAUUCACACGCUCACAAACACGUUAAAGAUAAAUAUAAGAAAGAGAAGGAUAAAAGUAAAGACAAGGAAAAGAGUAAAGAGAAAGAUUCGUCAAAUCUUAAAAUGAAGGAAGAGACUUUAAGUUCGGCUAGUUCGAGUCCUAGUCCUGACCCCACGACUGCAACCAAUGAGUUCGUCUUUCCUUAAAUUAGGUAUUAAGAUGUAUUGUAACCGUGUAGAUAUUUAUUGGAGAAAAUCUUUAUACCAGAUUUUAAUUUUAUCUAUGCGUGUAUAUACAUUAUCAUAUCCUUAAGUAAGUUAUAUCACUGCUAAGAAAAACAAGCGGUCUAAAGAAAUAUCUAAUUUUUUUUAAGCUGGGCGCGCCAUCUUGACGUUUCCGUUUGAAUGAGCCUUUUGAAAUUGCCGCUGGUGGCACUUGUGUCGUCCCGGCGAUUUAAAAAAGAGAACUUAAUUUCAAAAGUAUUCGACUCCAGAAAAUAACAAAUGGUCAACAAAGCUCAUUCACUAACUCU